CACUACCAGGGGCCUGUUUGGGGCAGAGAGGAAAACAAAAGCAAAUCAUCCGGCUCUGACCACCAUCAGUCUCUGGUACCCAGUGGGAGAAUCGAAACGCUUUACAGCUAUUAGAGUGUCAGUGUGCUCUCGAGAAACAGAAUACUGCGAUCGAGGAAGAAUCCAAAACCAACACACAAAGGCAGGCACACAUCUACACACAUAAUCACACACCGAGAGAUCAUCAACAUCCUUCUAGUGUUCGCGAUUAGAGCUUCGUACGAACUGGUGGGAUUCUCGUAAACUUGUUGUUCAAGAUACCACACCGCUUGAACUGAUUCUCAAUCCAAGUUUUACACUGGGCUCGAUAGGAUCGUUACGCGGCGCAGUGGUUUCUGAGAAACGACGCAGAACUUUGGGUACCUACCUGAAGUGUAAAAGUGUGAAGAAUUACACCACAGAGCGGAGUGCGGGAAAAAGUUCCGAACCCAAAAAGUGAACAAACCGAAAGUCAAAAAACUUAUUCCAUCCGUUCGUGUGGAGGCGUCACGGUGGUGUGGUGGCAGCGGCGGCGGUGACGACUGGAAUUUUAGUGCAAAAGUUAGCCAGGAAAUAAGACCGGAAGAUGACAAAGUUUUUUGCAGCGCUUGCACUUUGUGCAAUAGUUAGCGGUUUGGUCACGCUCUCCAGCGCCCACACGUACAAAACGGGCGAAUGUCCGUCGGUGGAACCGGCGAGUGACUUCAACAUGAAACAGUUCCUCGGCAUCUGGUACGUGAUACAGAAAACGGGAACCGCCUCCACGUGCGUCCUGUACAACAUCACCAAAGGGGACGAGCCGGGCGAGUACGACAUCGAGCAGCUGUCCCAAAAGGCGCCCCUUUCGGUGGCACCCAUCAAGCACGAGUACAGCUACACCGGCAAGCUGACCGUAACCGAUAAGGAUGUCCCAGCUCGUAUGACCGUCCGAUUUCCGUUGAGUGUUGCCGGAUCCGCUAAAUUUGUUGUUUUCAUGACCGAUUACGAUACAUUUGCGGGGGUGUUCUCGUGCCAGAAGAUUCCGUUCGGACAUCGUCAGAGUGCCACCAUCCUGUCCCGCACACGGGAUCUGGACAAGAUUUAUGUGGACAAGCUCCGCAACCGACUGGCGAGCUCAUCGGUGGACCCCUUUGACCUCAGCAUCAUCGAUCAGACUGGCUGCCCGAAGGAAGGCGAGGCCGGCUGGAACAUCCACAUCGAUUCACAUACUUUCUCCGCCAAGAACAUUGCCAACGUGUUCCGCAAGGCAGGCGAGAAGAUCGGCGAUGGAUUCGAGUACGCGGUGAACGCAGGCAAAAAGGUUCAUCAUCAUUUGUUUUAACCGAUGUGAUCUUCCGGCGUUACGAUACCUUUACAAUAAAUACUCGGAUUCGGACUCCAGCACCGAGCAUGGCAGCACUACCAAUCGUUCGGAACGUCUCAUGGGAAAUCCUGCUCCCGACUCCGAAUGGCUCCCAUGAGCGUCGUUUGACGUAGCUAAUGAUAAAUAUGUCAACAUUCAAUCCAAUACCGAUUCAAUUUUAUUACUCAAUUAGAAGAACUGUGUAAAAGCAUUUUUUUAAACAAAGUUUGUAAAUAUAGAACAAAAUUGAUUUGAUAA